AUGUUCCUGAUGAACUUCAACGAGGAGCAGGCCAAGGAGCUGAUAGACCUGAUAGACAGGGACUACGCGCUGUUCAACACACUGCCGCCCUCCCACCGGAAGAUAAUCGCGGCGGCGGUCCGCACCAACCGGAUAUACGCGGAGAGGUGCUGGGCGGUGUUCGUCAUGUUCAGCGUGAUGACCUUCCCCGCAAUGGCGGUGGUGCAAAACGUGUACAGCUACUCGUUCGCCGCCGAGCCCGUCAGACACAUGGUGCACGACGUGCCCAUACCGUUCGCCGAGCCAGAGGCCAGGCUCCGCUCGCCCCAGUUCGAGCUCUUCUUCGCCUACAUGACGUACUGCGCGACGCUGUACGUGGUCAACUUCACCGGCUACGACGGCUUCUUCGGGCUGUGCAUCAACCACGCGUGCCUCAAGAUGGCGCUGUACUGCCGCGCUAUGGAGGACGCAAUGUGCUCGCGUGAGGACCAGCUAGGGGGGAGGGUGCGCAGUGUGAUCGAGGGCCAGUGCGAUCUGUUCCGCUUCGUGAAACUAGUACAGGGCGUGUUCAACACAUGGCUGGGGAUCAUAUUGGUCGCGACGAUGAUCCAGAUAUGCACUUGCAUGUACCACAUCACCGAGGGCUAUGAAUUCGAUAUGAGAUAUCUAGUGUUCGUUAUUGCCACUGUGGUGCAUAUAUAUCUGCCGUGCCGCUAUUCCUCCAAAUUAAAGAAUAUGUCUACGGAGACCGCGACACUGCUCUACUGCUGCGGAUGGGAGGGGGUGCCAGAGGAGAGGAUGCGCAGAGUUCUGCUGUUCAUGAUAGCGCGCGCCCAGCAGCCAACCGAGAUCAUCGCGUUCAACAUCUUCGUAUUCGACAUGGAGCUAUUCGUUUCCAUACUGCAAACAUCGUACUCGAUGUACACGCUUCUACGUUCU